AUGCCGAUUGUCGGUGGUGCUUCGGUGGAUUCCGCAGACUCGGAUCUGCGAAAUGAUGUGCAGACAAAUAAUGAUAUCAUGAAUGCGCCUACGAGGAGUCAGAAGGGCUUUGGGAAUAAUGGCUCUCUAGAUUUGCCUGGAAAGAUUGAGAACUUUAAGGCGUGGAGCUCUACGGCCAUGAGGUGCACGAAACAGGCGAUUGAGGAGAAGUUGGGUACCACCUCACCCACCCGCGAUCCCGAAACCCAGGCUAAAAUUGAGGAGAUCAAGCAAGUAUCUCUUUGUACCAUUCUGCGCCUCUGCAUCCCGAUUAAUUCUCCUAUUUGUUUGAAAGGCAGGAUGACCCAUCUGCAGGAUUAG